AUUUAACUGCCGAUAAUAAUAAUUUCUAUAAUAACAAAAAUCUCCUCUAAAGGCUUUUAACCUCUCACUUACUGAGCUGACACCGCUGUACUGUUACUGCUAACGCUGCUGAACUGUCAAAAAAAUAAUAAUAAGCUUAUAUUGCCUCUGGAAUUGAACUCUUUUUAUAUAUACACACACAAAAGCACUCAUCCGCUCUUUUUUUUACAAUAAUAAUUAGAUUUAGUUACCUAGAAGAGUCGAGAACAAAAUAUAAUAAUAGACUGAUGAACGAGAUCGAUUUGCACCGUUUCACGUUACGAGAUCAUCAUCAGGGAUCAGGCAAAUGACGAUGCUGAUUCUUAGGACGAUCCUUAGAUGCGAGCGAGACAAUGAACUAUUCAGUGAUUAAGUGAAGUGAGGAGGUUGAAGUGGCGGCACCAGAUCCGGAUCCGGGAGUUCAGAUGAUCAUUUCCUGUUUUAUGCCUCACUCAGUCGAUACUUCUCUCAGGCAACCGUCCAGGUUGCUCAUCAGAGACGGCGGUGGAGUAGAGACAGGAGGUGUCAUUGUUGGCGGGGGCGGCGGAGGCGGCGGCGGUGUUGCAGGUGGCGGCGGCGGCGGCGGUAGUGGUCCUCCAAGCGGUGAAGAACCGCGCGUGCCGCCCGUGUCGCGUCGCGCUCCCAGUUUGCGGUUGGCGAACGGUCGGGUGGCGACCGCGCGAUCCGAGGAGGAAAUCCGAUCGCCGCCCCCGCGCCGCCUCGCCAAAGAUGACUCGAUCAAGAUCAGCAUCGAGAACACCAACACGUGCACCGACUCUUUAGUUACCGCCCUCGACGAUGAAACCCUACUGAUUGCCGAUUGUUUAUCCAACGAUAUGAAUUAUAAAGGUAGCGGUAAAGUCCAUUUCGGCGUAGACGACAUGUCGCUCUACGGUACCCCCAAGGAGGAACCGGGUCCGAUCCCGAUGGGCUGCGUGGAAACCGGGAAACAAAGUUUCAUCAAAAAUCAACUGCAGGCCCUUUUCCAGCCGACCGAUAACAAGUUGGCGAUGAAACUAUUCGGCUCGAAAAAGGCCCUGAUGAAGGAACGGAUACGACAAAAAGCGUCCGGCCAUUGGGUGAUACAUCCCUGUUCCAGUUUUAGAUUUUAUUGGGAUUUAUGUAUGUUGCUGUUACUAGUUGCCAAUCUGAUAAUCUUGCCAGUUGCCAUAAGUUUCUUUAACGACGAUUUGAGCACCCGCUGGAUUGCCUUCAAUUGUUUAUCGGACACGAUAUUCCUUAUCGACAUCGUAGUUAAUUUUAGAACAGGUAUAAUGCAGCAAGACAACGCAGAACAAGUCAUCUUAGAUCCACGACUAAUCGCCAGGCAUUAUCUACGCACGUGGUUCUUCCUGGACCUUAUCUCAUCCAUUCCAUUAGACUAUAUGUUUUUAAUUUUUAACCAAUUCCAGGAUUAUGGAGAUAGUUUUCAAUUUCUACACGCAGGCAGGGCAUUGAGGAUACUAAGAUUGGCCAAACUGCUCUCUCUCGUACGUCUUUUAAGGUUAUCCCGUUUGGUGCGUUACGUCAGCCAAUGGGAGGAAGUUUACAUCUUGCAGAACCUUCAAAAAAAACGAACGGAACGCCGUGGUCGUUACAGUUCCGAUCUGAACAAGCCGAGCACGAAAAGCAACCUCAUUUUCAAGUUUUUGAAUAUGGCGAGUGUCUUUAUGCGGAUAUUUAAUCUGAUUUGUAUGAUGAUGCUGAUCGGGCACUGGUCGGGGUGUUUGCAGUUUUUAGUUCCUAUGUUGCAAGGGUUUCCCGCCAAUUCUUGGGUGGCGAUUAACGAAUUACAGGAAGCUUAUUGGUUAGAACAGUACUCCUGGGCACUAUUUAAAGCGAUGUCGCACAUGUUAUGUAUAGGAUACGGCAGAUUCCCCCCACAAUCUUUGACAGAUAUGUGGCUCACGAUGUUAUCCAUGAUUUCUGGAGCGACCUGCUACGCUCUAUUCCUCGGACACGCGACCAAUUUAAUCCAGAGUCUGGACUCGUCCAGGAGACAAUAUCGGGAAAAGGUAAAACAAGUGGAGGAGUACAUGGCCUACAGGAAAUUGCCGCGAGAUAUGCGACAAAGGAUAACCGAGUACUUCGAGCAUCGGUACCAAGGGAAGUUCUUCGAUGAGGACGUGAUUUUGGGUGAACUCUCGGAGAAGUUGAGAGAGGACGUUAUCAAUUACAAUUGUCGCUCCUUAGUGGCUUCAGUGCCGUUUUUCACUAAUGCCGAUUCGAAUUUUGUCUCCGAUGUGGUUACUAAGUUAAAAUAUGAAGUCUUCCAACCAGGUGAUAUAAUAAUUAAGGAGGGCACCAUCGGCAACAAAAUGUACUUCAUUCAAGAAGGGAUCGUGGACAUCGUGAUGGCAAACGGAGAAGUUGCGACCAGUUUGAGCGAUGGGUCGUACUUCGGCGAGAUUUGUCUCUUAACCAAUGCACGACGCGUUGCGUCGGUACGUGCAGAAACGUACUGCAACUUGUUCUCUUUAUCAGUGGAUCAUUUCAAUGCAGUCCUGGACCAGUACCCGCUCAUGCGCCGCACCAUGGAGUCGGUCGCGGCGGAGAGGUCAGUGCGUUGGUUAAACAAAAUAGGCAAAACCGCCAACCUACUAUCCCACAAAGAAGAAGGCGACCUGGGCAGCGAAAGUAAAACCUUAAACGCAGUGGUGAACGCCCUGGCAGCCGAAGCAGACAACGUGAACAUGUCCAGAGAAUCUCUGGAAACGAAAUCGCCCACGCUACUACACCGGGAUGAUUCCGCUCUGGAUGUGAACUCGCAUAGCAUAAAGAACGCUCUGCCCCGCCCGAAAUCCGAGAACAAUAUCAUGUUGCCUUACGGAUGGUUGAUAAACAGCUCCGGAGAUCGGUCGUUUCAUAAAUCCGAUACAAUUCACAAGAAUCACAUGCAAUGACGACACUCGACGCACUAAUGUCGUUGUAGCACGCCGGGUCGAUUUUGUGAUAAACGGGCUUUGGUCGUUUAAUAAAAAAAAAAAAAAAGAGGUGAGAUUCUCCGGGGUGUUUCUUUUUUUUAUGGUUAGUUUGGUGUAAAUUUGUUGAGAAACUUCGUAUUCCUAGUGUAGCUGUUCAGCUUAACGACAAUUAUUAUUAUUAGUACACUAACUACGCUUUAGGCUGUGACACUUAUAUAUUAGAUUUAUAUUUCUUAUACAGUUUAUAGUAAUAGGGCGUGUGCUCUAAGCUUUUAAGAAAUUUGACUUUUUCUUUGAGAAUUUUAUGAAUUUCUUAGGGACUAUUCAAGUUUGGAAAGUACCAGCUGGAUCAGGAUAUAAAAGGGAUUUAUAACCUAAGAAUAUGAAUUUUUCAAGAAGUCAUUAUUAACGAAAUUAGGAGUUUGGGUUGGACCUUCUUGGGUUAGGUUCAUUAUUGCUUGUCUUGUAUGGCUUGUAAAAAAUUCGGUUGUAUGCCAUUUUAAAGGCAAAUGAUGCACCUUUUUUCAUAAACUGCGGCUUCAAUUAAUUUUAGUUUUUCACUCACAUGUGUUCUCUCAUAAUAACUUCUUGAAAAAGUAUACAGUUCUUAAGCUCAUUUGGACUUUAUAGUGCUAUAAAUUUCAAGUCAUUCAAGGGUUUCCAAUUUGAGUUCUCAUAGAAAACAGGGAUUCGACCCAUUUUUUACAAAUUAUAGAUUUAUCAUGCGCAAUGUAUCGAAACGUUCUGAAUUAUAAGAUUUUGCCAUUCCAUAUAAAUAUAUACUAAAUAUUAAAAUUUUAUUUUUUAAAAGUAUGCACUUUUUAGUUGGACAGCACGUAAUUUGGUCGUGACUAAAUUAAAUAAAUUGAGUUUUAAAAGAGAGAAAUUGGGUUUUUCCAAGAUUUUUCCAGCACAGGAUCUGAGCUUUCGUUUCCUUGAACUUUUAUUUUGACUAUUAUUAUCUUUUUAUUAACUAUUCAUAGUUUCGUCAAUAUUAUUGUGUUAUUUUAGUAAAAAUAGCUCUUAUGCACCGUUUGCCUAAAAUGUAAAUUUUCUGAUAAUGUUGUUUGCUCAUAUUUGAGGUUAUAGAUGCUAUUUCUCAAAAAUUGCCUAAACACCCAGAUUCAGCUACUUUUCCCAAAAUUCCUCCCUCCAUUCACCAUUUUAAAAUUGGUGAAUAUCGAAGUUUUGUGUAGUAAUUAAAAGAUUCAAAAUCCCUUAGAUGAGUUGGAAGAAUUUUUUUUUCAAACCUAUUCACCCAUUUUGAAUUUAUUAAAUUUAAAAAAAAAAACGUUAAUUUCUAUCAAAUAUUUAAAAUUAAAAAAAAAACAGUGUUUUCAAUUUCUUCAGUUUUACCAUUUUGAAUUUUAAAAACUUCGAAUUCUUGUUAAAAAAAAUGUUCAUCUAUUUGUUAGUUUGUGAAUUUUUUUCGAUCCCUAUUACUUCUGGCAGUACAAUCGAAUAUUUUCCAAAAAUUUUUCAUUUUAAUGAUUGCAUUUUUUUAAUUGCCAUGCAUUUAAAUUCAAAAUCUUUAAUUAAAUUGUAAUUAUUAUUAUUUUCAAAAAUUGCCUGUAGAUUUAAUUUUCGUUAUUAUAAUUUAUUAUAUUACAAACUUUCAAAAGUCUUAUAUAUUAAUCGUUACUUUAAAAUCUGGCAAAGGGAUUUUAAUAUGUUUGAGGCGCCCAAUUCCAAAACUCUUUAGAUCCCUGCUAACCAAUUUUACAGGAGAAGAGAAAAACUUUUGAAAUUUAAACCACAUUUUAAACCACAAAUUUUUGUGGUUUAAAAUGAAAAUACACAUAUAUGACAACUGUUUAUUUAAAUACUUAUUACUAAGUAGUAAAUUUUUGUUUAAAAGAAGUAGUUAUGGACAAAAAUAUUAGGGAUAUAACAAGUUUUGCUACCGCACUAUGGAACUAAAAAGUUUUGUUUCAGUAUCUGUAGGAUUUAGGGAGUUUUAAAUAAGUAAAAGCUGAUAAUUUAAAAACAAUUUUUUUUUAAAUGAAACUUAAAAAUUAAAUUCUUAGUCCAUCGUCUUCUUCCAUGGGUUCCAUUCCUUCUUCUUCUUCUUCUUCAACUUUUGUAUCAUGAAGUGAUUCAAUGGCGUUGUCAAUUACUUUUUUAUAAAAUGUUUAAUCGACCUCUUCAAUGUUUCUCCACUCUAAACCAAAAUGUUUUUUUAAUAAAGCAUCCACAUCCUUAAGCUUGGCUAGUUUUACUGCACAUUCCUUAGGAAGAGGCUCCAAAUUUAAGGUAGCCAAGGUUUUUCCUUUUUUCAAAACGGACUUGUAUAUCCCGAAAUCGCUUUUGUAAUUUACUUCCCCCUUUACGAACACUGCUUGAGUUCCUUUUGAGUUCCAUUUCUUUAAAAUUAAAAUUCUUUUACAUGGAGCAAACUUAAAAUGCCACUGCCCAGGUGGCUUUAUAACCGAUUCUAUAGCUUUUUUCCAGUUAAACAUUUGACAUCUUUUUCGAUAUCAAGCACAGUUGAAAACUCGGAAAAAAAUUUCCUGUAAUAAAACUAUAACUUCCUUUUUUUUAACUCUUUUUUCAAUUCGUCCGAAAACACGAUCCGCCGGUAAAAAAGAGUGACCAACGACAGGAAAUGUCACAAUAAUUUCAUUCACUGUAGAGUUAGAGUGAUACAGCCAAUACAUCAGCAUACCCAUCAUUGUUACGUUCUUGUUCUGGCCAGGACACCCAUCGCAAAAAAGUUUGAUUGAGGUAACAUCAGUCAAGUCUACCAUAGAAAGUUUAUUAUUAACUAGUGAAGAUAUUUCAUUUGAGCCCUUAGCGCACACAUUCUCGGUCCAAGUGUAUGAAGUGAUACUUUUCUUAGUCUGUUUGUCAUUUAGAAUUAGCUUUGCCUUAUUAUCCCUGUUGGUUUCGGCAGUUAUUAAGCUUUUAAGUCUUAUACAUUCCGAGCAAGCAUCGGUGGCAGGACUCUUGAAGCUAAUAUUAAAAUCCCUUGUAAAUACUUCCCGGAAAUAGUCAUAUUUUACAGCCAAUCUGUUUUCAUCACAGUAUAUUUUCCACAACUGCCUUUUGGAUAGAUCACUUGGCAUAUACUGACGUAGAGAUUUAUUCCUAGUGUAGUGAGACUGAACACAUUUUAACUUUAAGAUAAAUGCUUUUACAUUUUCUCUUCUUUCGGCAUAUUUUGUGCUUAUCCUAUCCCCUCCUCUAUUUUAUUUGGGUGGUAUAGUGUCAAUCAAAUAAUUCUUAGCUAUAGUUUGCACCCGAAACCUUGAAAUGUCCAAAAUAGAUUAAAAGGCUUUACUGCAAAUCUGGAAAGUGCCAUCUUUAGUUUUAAUGAAACGGAAUUAUUUCGAGUUCCUUUUAUUGGACGGCGCCUUUUUGGAACAAUUGGUUCUGUAUGUUUAAGAAUAAAGUUAUCUUGCGCAAUUUUCGUAGUAUUUUCACAGAAUUUUUCAUGAAAUCUUCGAAUAUCUUGCAUUGACAAGUUUUCACAUGCAAAAGUACUUUUUUAUGAUGACAUUUGGGGUGUCUAGGUAGAGUUUUAGGCUUAUACCUGCAAUAAAAAAAUAUUUUAAGUACCUACCUACCUAACUAUUAAAAAUUUAUUUAAAAUAUUACCUUUGAACUUUAUCUUUUGCUUUCUUCCAGUUUGAUGGAUUUCGCAAUUUCUUUCGGCCUUUACCAGGUGUAGCAAGACAAAAUGAGUCUUCCAUAUCACAAUGUGUGUAAGACUCUUUAUAUUAACAAAUUUUUAACAAAAACAGCACAACGUACAAACAAAAUCGAUGUACCUAUUCAUACCGCAGUCAAAACAAAACUAAACCAUAAAAAUAUUAUUUGUGGAACACAUGCCUGUAAGAUCUCGCGGAACAAAACAGUUUUGAUUCCGCGUAUUAUUACUGUGGUAUAAGUGUAAAUGGAAGAAAAGAGUUUUGAAAACGUUGCAGAUUAAUGGAUUAAGACACGCUUGAAACAUUAUUUACAUAGGAUUAAAAAAGUUUUGCUACCGUUACUACUAAGGCAAUUUCUUUGGGAUUUAUCAAGUUUUGAGGCCAAAUAAAUUUGACAUCUUAUGUCAAACGUCUUAAAGAAGACAGCGCCAUACAUAUGUCAUUUUUGAAUAAAAACGGAUUUAAGCAGUUUUGCAACUGAACCCUCGUUUCUACUUUAAACUAUUAUUAAAUUUGAAGAAAAUCCUUAAUUUUUAAAAUUCUUUUUCAAGUUCUUCCAUUGUGCUAACUUUUAAGGUUUCUGGUCUAGAAUAAUGUUUUUACUCUUUAAUCCUCAGGCAUUCUAUUAUGUUACUGUAAAAAAAUUACUAAAAUAUUUUCAGCAGUUCCCAUGUCCACUAAUGUAUGAAAAUCUCAGAUAGAAGAAACGUUUUAGUAUGGAAUUAUUGCAAAAGAAACACAUUUUCUUAUACAAAAGCCCUUUUAAGACAUUGCCAAUUAUUUCUUAAGCAUAUUUACUAUGAAAAUUGACCAAAAAAGUGCCUCAACCAAAGGUGUCCUAAGUUUUAAAACUUUUUGUCCAGAACGAGGUUUUUACACUCAAAUUCAGCCUUAUAAAUUUGAUUUUAUUACUGUGAAAAAAUUAUGAAAAUCUUCACAUUGGUUCCUAAAUUAUACCCAAAAAUGUCUCCAUUAAUGCACAAAUAUCUUCAUGUUGCAAUGUGAAUUACAACUACAAAUUUGGCGGCUUUUGGACCCUGAUGGAUAAAAUUGCGUCUUACUCAGGAAGUGUUUGAGGUACGAAAAACGUUUUAGUAUGGAAUUAUUCUAAAGGAAAUACAUUUCCUUGGACAAAAGCCUUUUUAAAGCAUUUCCAAUUAUUUCUCACGAAUAUUAGGAAUUUACUAUAAAAAUUGACAAAAAAAAUGUGCCUCAACCAAAGGUGUCCUAAGUUUCAAAACUUUCUGUCCAGAAGGAUGUUUUUUCUCUCAAAUUUAUCCUUGAAAAUUUGAUUUUAUUACUGUAAAAAAAUUAUCAAAAUCUUCACAUUGGUUCCUAAAUUAUACCCAAAAAUGUCUCCAUUAAUGCACAAAUAUCUUCAUGUUGCAAUGUGAAUUACAACUACAAAUUUGGCGGCUUUUGGACCCUGAUGGAUAAAAUUGCGUCUUACUCAGGAAGUGUUUGAGGUACAAAAAACGUUUUAGUAUAAAAUUAUUCUAAACGAAUAACAUUGCCUUGGACAAAAGCCUUUUUAAGAGAUUUCCAAUUAUUUCUCAAAAAUAUUAAAAAUUUACUAUGAAAAUUGACAAAAAAAAAUUUCUUCAACUAAAGGUGCCCUAAGUUAAUUUUUUGUCCAGAACGACGUUUUUACCCUUAAAUUCAUCCUCAAGAUGCCAUUUUAUUACUAUAAAAAAAUGAUGCAAAUAUUCACAUUGGUUCCUAAGUUACACCGAAAAAUGUCCAUUAAUGCACAAAUAUCUUGAUGAUGUUGCAAUAUGAGUUAAAAAAAUUCAAUUUUUGACCACAUUAGAUUUCUCAACUUUGAUUUUUCAACAUGGGUCAAAAACUUUAAAAUCUCGAUUUCUGGAUAGUAAUCAAUGACUUUACAGUCUCCUAAAUGACUUUUAAAAACACCGACUUUUUUUUAAAUUUAUCCAUUUCCAGAAACCUUUAACUCAUAAAAUGGAUAAAUGAGUUAUAAUUGAAUUUAAGAGAAUUCUUUAAAUUUGAAAACUCAUCUCCUUCAUCAAUCUAUAUAAUAUUGCUCAAUCAUCAAUAAAUUUCGACCAACACAAUUUAACAAUACCUGAAUAUUAUCUGAAAGAAACUAACAUUUAGAAAAUUUUAAUUAUUUUUUAAAUAUUAUAUGGUUGGUUUGUUUAUAGCAAAAUUCUCAAAUUUUUUAAAUUUAUCGUAAAAUUGCUAAAGUAAUUUUGAUAGUCCAGGUUUUCUAUUAAAUUUAUUCUAAGCAAGCUUUUCUGGAAAUAGAAUUUAUUGGGAAAUUAUGUCUCUAUGAACUCUGUUGUGCAUCCUCUAAAACAAACUUGAAUUAGAACAAUUAAAUUCCAAAUAUAGAAUUUCACUCUAUUAAUCAAUGGUCAUUUAAUACGUCCAUCCAUAGUAAUUUUUUUUGCCAAAAAACAAAUAAAUUUAUAUCCAAGCAAACAAUUCUACCCUAUUGCAUAGUCUAUUAGUAGUGGCUCAUAUGUUUUUUAAGCCAAACAAUGAGAACUUGGCAAAAACAUUAAAUAUUUCAUAAAAUUUUUCAAGAUUUCAUAAAAUCUUGGUAAAUUGAAUCAUUAGUUCAUUGGUUUCGACACAUUAAAUUCUACUCUGUAAACCGCUAAUUUAUCAAAAAGUUUUCCUUAAAAUGGUUAAACAUGUAAACACAUGUUUUUUGCGUGUGAAAAAGGUUCACUUGGAAACUCAUAUCUUUCAUCUGGGUGGUGUUUGAUAUCUGAAAAUAAGUUUCAAUAAACACUUGAAUUAAUUUAUAUUUUACUCUAUAAACAGCUGAUUUAUCAAUAAGCUUUCCUUUAAAUGACAAAAUAUCUCAUAACAGUUUUCUUGGGAAGUAGAUUUGUUUAAGAAUUCAUGCUCCUCAUCGAUUUGUAUAUUGCAUUGAGUGAGCCACUGUUUUUCAUAUGAUUCACUCUUAAAUUCCUAAACCAGGCAUUUUAUAGCAACACUGACAAUAUAAUUAAAUUCACCAUUUUCUGAUGUUAUUUUAGGUUCAGAUUAGCAUUUCAAAAUAGCGGUUUCAUUUUUUGGAAUCUGGUUCAUUUUGUCUCUGUUCUCUAACUGGAUUUAGAUGUGCAGUUAAUCUGUUCGUAUCAAUUUAUGUAGUACAAUAUCAGAAAGCGGUUGUUUAUCAAUUUUGUCUUGUUUAUGAUAACAGUGUCGUGGGCACAUUGUAUCGUAUUUAUGUAUUCUCCAUUUAUUUGACUUAAAGAAACAGUCAAAUUAAUGAUUAUGUAUUAUAGAACUCUUUUCAAUAAGUCAUUGCUUCUUCAAUAAACUUAUUGAAAAAUGGACUAAGCCAAAAGAAGCAGCAGCAGUUUUUUUAUUAUUAUAUGAAAAUCACAUUUCACUUCCUGAAAAACACUUAAUAAAGAUAUAUAAAUAUAUGCCCUAGAAGUAUAUAAUUUUUUUCAAUAAGCCAUUGAUUUUUCAAUAAGUUUAUUAUAGGGCAAACUGAUUUAAGUGUUAUUUGCAAAUUCACUUUCUCAAUCGAUUUAUACUUUAACUAUCAGAAAUUUCAUAAGAGAUCGGUAUAUUUGAUAAUUCUUGCUCAUGGACAAGAAAAUUAUUUCUCUUUUACCCUAUAUAGUCUGAUCCGUAUAUUUCCUAUAGGAUUCAACUAACGCUAGACUAUAUAGCUAAAAUAAUAAUAUUUUACAAAUUUAUAGUAUUUGGCUUUAUAUAAGCAAUAUAUUAUUCUUCCAGUAGCGUAUAUAAGUCAUCAUAGAACUUCAUGUAACCAUUCCAUAGCUUUAAACAAUAAUUUGGUUAAAAGUCACAUAUCAUGGCUAUCAUAUCACAAAAAGCUUAGAAGAAAUAUAUUAUUUGUUGUCCUUCUCUAUAUAUUUAAAAGCAAUCGGUUUUAUGCCAAUUAUAGUGAUUUACGCCAAACUAAACCUCGGAGAAUCUUAAAGAAUAAUUAUUAAAAAAUAACAUCGAUCAAGGCAAUUUUACAAGGAAUUUUUUGGACCACGCAUUUUUUGCCAAUGACAUUAGUGCGCCUUUUAGUCACGUCAUUUAUUAAAUUUUAAAUAGACUCGUUUAAUUAAUGAGAUAAAAAAAUACAAACAAAGCAAUACUACUUUUAAUAGACUCGUUUACUUAUUAGUUUACGCAAAGAACCUUAGAAAUAUGUAUUGUAAAUUAGCUUUAAACCCAUGCUCAAGUCUUUCUUUUAUUUAUUUAUUGGCACUUCACUUUUCUAUAGUGCGUUCGUUAUUAUACAUAUAAGUUUUAACAUGUUUUCUCUCUAUUUUAGAAGUUAUUGUUUUUUUUUUUAAUUAUUAUAUUGUUAUCGUAUUCAUCAGGUCCUAAAGAAAUCUAUAGACUUAGGUAUAUUUUAAUAGAAUAUGCUAAUAUAUUUUCGAAUUGAAUUCUGUGCCUACCUAUUUUAGGUUAGCUCUUUUAUAGCGUACGGUUUAAUAUAGCGAUGUCAAAACUAUAGGUUUAUCCCUGUCCUGCCAAUUAUUCUUAUAUGAUAAGUAAACAGGGAUAGAGAAGAUGCGUUCGCUAAAACCCAAAUUGAGUUACUCAAUUGAGGCGUCAAAAAUCGUUUUAUUAGUCUUCUCUUUAGGGUUAGAUCUUGUGAUAUUAGUGAGUCGAUAAGAAAUUUUUAGUAAGAAUUAAAAUUUAAAAAAAUGCGCGUAAUUCGGUUUGGGUUUUAGUGGAUUUUCCCGGUUUCGACGUUGGCACGAUUAAACUUUCUUUUUAAAUGAAACUAUACGAUAGUCUCAAAAAAAAACAAAGCGCUCUGUACACAAACUGUUAAAACUUGAAAUAGAAAUUAGUUUAAUACUAAAAA